AUGGCAGUAUUUGCCGCCCAACUCCGGCCGCCUCCAACUCCGGCCACGAACGCAAGCUUCGGCACAUUGUACACCAAUGGCAAUGGAACCCUAACGAGAACUGAGGCUUACCUCUCCCUCCCUCGCCUCCUCAAAUCCUGCGCCAACUCCUCCGCCCUCUCCCCUGGAUCCCAGCUCCACGCCAUCUCCGUCAAGCUCGACCUUUGCUCCGACGUCUUCAUCCAGACCGCACUUCUCUCCUUCUACUCCUCCUGUGGUUAUCUUGACACCGCCCUUCAACUGUUCGACAGAAUGCCCCACCGAAACCUCAUCACCUGGACUGCCGCCAUUGACGCAUGCCUUCGCUCGGACCACCCCCAUUUAGCGAUUUCCUUGUUCGUCCAAAUGCGAGACUUCGGCAUCGUCCCUGAUACCUUCGCUCUCGUCAGCUUCCUUGCCUCCUGCUCCUCCCUUUGCGCGCUUGACCUCGGCCGAGGAGCCCAUGCCCAUCUAAGCAAGACUGGCACGGAGCCCACCCCCUUCCUCGCAACCGCGCUUGUCGACAUGUACUGCAAGUGUGGUAGCCUGGACGAUGCCAUCAAGGUGUUUGAUUUAUUGCCUAGUAGUGCUAAAACCGUUCAAGUUUGGAACUCAAUGCUUCAUGGACUGUCAUUGCACGGGCUGGGAAUGAAUGCCUUGCAGAUGUUCGAUGAAAUGCAGCGCGCGCUGGUGCAGCCAAAUAGCGUCACUUUCGUUGCACUCCUUUGCGGUUGUGCGCACGCCGGGCUAGUAGAAGAAGGGAAGAUGUACUUUGGGUUGAUGAGAAGCAAGUAUGGAAUUGAACCCGGAGUUAAGCACUUUGGUUGCAUGGUGGAUUUGCUCGGCCGUGCAGGGUUGAUAGAUGAGGCAUUUGAUCUAGUUGCUCAGCAUGUCAGUCCCGGCCAACCAUGUCAUAUGGGGAGCUUUGCUCAAUGCUUGUAG